AUGGAGUGGAAGUUAGAAAGAUGUGCAGCCCGGAAGGUCAAGACAGAUGAAGAUGUGUUGUGGGAGAAAAUAAUGAAAGCUCUUGGGACAGACCUCAGGCAGAUCAGAAAGCAAAGUUUCCAGACGCUGACUAAGGGCAACUCUGACACGGAGCUGCUUGGGGGAAACACGUCGCAGGUGGAGAAUCAAGGAUUUCCAAUAACUGAGUCCCCACCACUGACAUGUGGCCCAGAAGUGUUGCCUAGAACGGAAUGUGGCUCCCAGUCUGAAAAAGAUUCCCUGACUCCAGGCAAGACUUCCUAUUCACAGUUUAAAAGUUGCAUUGUGAAGAAGCUGGCAUCUCAAAUUCCAUUUGCUAGUAGCCCAAUUUCCAGAAGGUGGCAGCAGCCAUGCACCAGAAACCAAGCAGAGCAAACUUUUGCAGAGAGUCUUCCUACCUCAGAUGAUGGGCAUGAUCUGACAAUGCCAGCUGGGAAAAUCAUGACGAUUCCAGUGUCUUCUAAGAUUGAAGCCCCUAUCAACGAACCCACAACAUUUACUGGUGCCAAUAAUUUGCAUGAAAGAUGCAAAACAAAGAAACAGAAAUGUCUGCAUCAGAUGUUAAUCACUGAAGGGAAUCAGCAUGGCAAUCCUGAAAAGGAAGGCAUCAGGAUCUGCGAAAAACGCAAGUGCCUUUGGAAAGGUUGCAAGGAUGGAAGAAAGAGUGAAUGUGAUGUUCGUGACAUUUCUGCUCAUGCUAAAGGCUGUCCACCACUGGAGCCAGAUACUAUGUUUCACAUCACAGGUUUACGUAAUGACUACUAUCUAAACAUACUGGACUGGAGCAAUAGGAAUCUCAUUGCUCUUGCUCUCGAAUCUGCUGUGCACAUUUGGAAUGGAGAAAGAAAUCAACAUGUGGAUAACAUAGAUAUGUGUUCCAGUUCCAAAUAUAUUGCUUCUGUAGCAUGGAUGAGAGAAAAAGCUUACCUUGCAGUUGGCACUAGUGAUGGAGACAUGCAGUUAUGGGAUAUUGAAACCCAAAAGAGGCUGAGAAAUAUGUUUGGCCACAUAUCUGUAGUGGGAGCCAUGAGCUGGAAUGGAUGCAUGCUGAGCAGUGGUUCAAGGCUAGGAUAUAUUUAUCAUCAUGAUGUUCGAGUUCAGGAUCACGUCGGGAUGGUUCGGCAAAGCAAGCAGAGUGUUUGUAGCCUGCUGUGGUCCCCAGACAGCAAACUGCUGGCAUGUGGUUCUAGUGAUGGUUUACUGAAUGUUUGGACUAAUGAUCUAGGUGUGACAAUGCAGUGUAGGACACUGACCUCCAUUCUCCAGUCCUCAGCAGUGAAGGCAAUAAUGUGGUGUCCCUGGCAAUCUGCAGUAAUUGCCACAGGAGGUGGAAUGAAGGACCAGUUUUUGCACAUCUGGAAUGUAAGCAACAUGGAAUGCCUUGAAGCUGCAAAUACAAAGUCUCAGGUAUGCUCUUUACUCUGGUUACCAAAAACCAAAGAAUUAGUGACUGGUCAAGGCUAUCCUUGGAAUAAGAUGAAUGUCUGGAAGUAUCCCAUCCUUUCAAAUACAGCAGAGCUUUACGGCCACAAAGGAAGAGUUUUGCACAUGGCACUGAGUCCGGAAGGAAAUAGGAUCUUUUCUGCUGCAGCUGAUGAAACAGCUUACAUUUGGAAACACAGGAUGUAA